ACAGUGUCGGAUGGUGGUCAGCGGCACAUCUGGUCUGACACUAGCACUGGCACAAAGAUGAGCAACAAUAUGAAUUGGUCGGACGGAACGAUGCAACAGUCACACCAACAGCAGCAACAACAAUCGCAACAGAAGACUCCCCAGCAGCAGCAGCAGCAGCAGCAGACCAUGCAGAGCAGCAAUAGCAUGAAGGCGCAAGAACAGCAGCAAAGCAUGCAAAUGCAGGCACAACAAGAGUUACCUAGGCCAGCCAGUCACAUGAGUUGGGAGAACGGUAGCGUGAAAGAGUCCCAGACGCCUCAGCCGUGGUCAGACAACACGGAGAGCCAGCAGCAGCAACAGCCGCAGACUCAAGGGAACUGGUCUCGGCAGAGUCCAAAGCUGAGGGACGGCCAAAAUCCGAGAUUGACACCCUCUAGUCAACAGCAGACGCAGCACCAGGCCUGGCUGCAGCAUUCACCUAAACUGUCGGACCACCAGCAGAAUCCGCCCCACCAGAACGCCAGGAUGACGCCAUCCAGCCAGCAACAUAGCUGGCAGCAAAGCAGCCCGGAAUUGCAGCAGAACACGAGUCAACAGAAUCCGAGGUUAACGCCGUCCGGUCCGCAGAUGUCUCAGCAGCAACAGCAGUCGCAGACACAGCAACAACAGCAGCAACAACAGUGGCCACAACAGACGAAGAUCGAGAAGAAUCCCAGGCUGACGCCGUCUAAUCAGAUGUCCUGGCCAGACACGCCCACUAGUCAACCGAAUUGGUCGCCAAACAGCAUAAAGAGCGACGGCAGUCAACAGCCGCAGCAACAGUGGCCCGAUUCUCAACCGAGUCCGAGGCGGACGCCCGGACAUCAGCCUGCUGCGUGGCAACCUCAGCCACCCCAGCAGGACAACAAAAUGGAAAACCAGAUGUCCUGGUCGCCUAGCUCAGUCACGGAGAACCAGCCGACCUGGGGCCAACAGGCGACCAAACAAGACAUGCAGAACUCUGGGGAAAGAGUAUUGUGGCAGCAACAGCAACAGCAGCAGGCCACAGACACAGGCAAACCGAACGGUUUCCCAGAUAACCAAGAUGCUCAGGAGAAUAACGUAUUUGCUCAAUCUAAUCGCGUUAACUUAAACAGCCGACUGAAAUCGAUG